UGCCAUGCUAUGUUUCUAGCAAUGUAGGGAGGAUAUUAGCCUUACAGAACACAUGGAAUUGCCGUGGUAUGGAAAGGCUGCAGGUUGCCAUUGAAGGGCUAAAUUGUUUAUGCACGAAUUGCAAGGGACCGCAGCGUGGUGUGGAGUAUGAGGAGAUUGUGGUUCCCUGCCAGAUGGACCCAACCGAUCGAAGGGGGUAUGUGUGGGGAUGGCCGAUGAAGUAGCCGCUGAGAUUAUCGGAGGAUUGUGCCAUGACGUUGAGGAAUAUGUCUUUCCUAAUGCAUCGUAUCAUUCCACCCAUUCGGGACUACUCGCCAGCCUUUGAUAUAAAGGUCUGGUAACUUCCUUGUUCCUGGGGUUAUUCCUCAUCUUUUCAUCAUACAACCACUGGCAAUUCAUUAGCCACCCUAGUUUUCUCUUUUUACCAUAUUCAUGAACCUUUCUCCGUAAGGUAUCUCUUUCCCCACAGGCCCACACACCUGAUUUGUGGCAUAUAUCCAACCCGGAACGACAGCCAUCUCCUAGUCAUGGCGUCGAAUGGCCUUUCAAAGAAGGAUUUUGGUCCAAACCCUGAAAAGUAUUCGGAUAAGAAAGAUAGCUUAGCUUUAGAGGACAAAAGCUCAAGUCCUUCUCGCCAACCUUCUGCACCUUUUCAUGCCGAACAUGUCUCUCAGUCGGACAACAGUAGUGAGGAGCAUGAAAAGCUCCGUGGGAAUGGGAAGCGAGAACUAUCAGAAGAUGACUGCUACGACAAAUUGGGAUUCAGCUUUCCGUGGUAUAAGAAGUGGGCUAUCCUUACGGUCAUCUUCACUGUGCAAAUGUCCAUGAACUUUAACAGCAGUGUGUAUCCAAAUGCGGUCACGCCCCUGUCGGAACAUUUUCACGUUAGUGAGCAAGCCGCUCGAGUUGGCCAGAUGAUCUUCUUGGUGGCCUAUGCGUUUGGAUGUGAGCUGUGGGCACCCUGGAGUGAAGAGCUCGGCCGAUGGCCUAUCAUGCAGCUCAGUUUGUUCCUGGUCAACAUUUGGCAGAUCCCCUGUGCUUUGGCUCCCAACUUCGGCACCAUUAUCGUCUGCCGCUUCCUUGGUGGCUUGAGCUCAGCGGGCGGCUCAGUAACCUUGGGUAUGACUGCAGACAUGUGGGAACCUGAUGACCAAGGUUUUGCGGUUGCCUAUGUGGUAUUGUCUUCUGUCGGUGGUACCACAAUCGGUCCUAUCUUCGGUGGAAUGAUCCAGCAGUGGCUGAAAUGGGAGUGGAACUUUUGGAUCCAGCUUAUCUUUGGCGGAGUUACGCAAUUGGUCCACUUCUUUUUUGUCUCUGAGACUCGCGCGACUAUUCUUAUCGACCGGGAAGCGAAGCGCCGUCGCAAGACGGGUGAGGAUCCGAAUGUUUACGGACCGAACGAGUUGAAGAAGCCCCGAUUUGAUGCUAAAGAUGUUUUGCGUGUCUGGUGCCGACCCUUUGAGAUGUUCCUGAGGGAACCUAUUGUGCUCUUUCUUUCUCUGCUCUCUGGUUUCUCUGACGCUCUGAUCUUCACCUGCAUUGAGUCUUUCAACCUCGUGUUCAAACAAUGGGGAUUUAAUCCUCUCCAGAUUGGACUCUGCUUCAUCUCCAUCGUGAUCGGCUAUAUUGUCGCAUAUGGCAUUUUCCUUCCCGACAUUUGGCGCCAGCGUCAAAUUAGAAAGAGUCAUGGUAAUACAGCUCGGUUACCUGAACGUCGCCUGCUUCUCCUUCUCUUCAUUGCACCUCUGGAGACGAUCGGCCUGUUUGGAUUUGCCUGGACAUCAAUGGGUCCGGACUAUACCCACUGGAUCGUGCCCCUUGUGUUUGUUUUCUUGAUUGCCAUUGCGAAUUACGGAAUCUACAUGGCAACCAUCGACUACAUGGUUGCCGCAUACGGACCGUACUCUGCUUCCGCCACCGGAGGCAACGGGUUUGCUCGUGAUCUCCUUGCAGGGCUGUCAGCCAUGUAUGCGACUCCAAUGUACAGCAACAUUGGUGGCAAGUUCCACCUGCAGUGGGCGAGUACCAUUCUCGCCUGUCUGGCCAUUCUAGUGACCAUUCCUAUCUAUAUAUUCUAUUGGAAGGGCCCUGAAAUCCGCGCGAGCAGCAAAUUUGCUCAGACCCUGGAGGCUGACCGCGCACAGCAUGCAGGGCGCCGGGCGAGUCGCCUCAGUACGGAGGAGAAGCCUUACAUGGCCUAAAAGUCUUGCAUCUUGACAGUCCUGAUUUCCAAUGGAUUCCAAGCUCA